AUGCUCUGCGCACCCUUAUGUGUUUGCCAAUGUAUAAGACUAACAGUGCAAAAAAGCUCAAUUGGUGGUCAGGCAUUUGUUACUUCCCAUUUCUGGGGUCACUUCUCUCCUUUCUUCCCGGUGCCGUCAGAGAUCAAGGCUGCCACACCUCCUGGCUGCCAGAUCACCUUCGUACAAAGCCUGACGCGGCACGGCUCUCGAAAUCCAACUGCCGCCAAGAUAUUAGAGUAUAAGGCACUUAUUCAACGCAUAAAGAAGAGUGUCUCCCACUACGGCAAGGGCGUUGAGUUUAUUCACACCUACGACUUAACCCUUGGUGCAGACCAGCUCACACAAUUCGGCAAGAAGGAAUCUUUUGACUCUGGGAGAUCCUUCUACGAACGGUACCAAGCUCUGGCCGGCCAAAAUGAUCCGUUUAUCAGAACUAUUGGCGAAAACCGUGUAGUCGAGUCGGUUUCUCUUUGGAAACGCGGUUUCUAUCAUUCUAUGAACGAUAACAAGCCGCAUGAUACCACCGGGCAUAUUCAUAUUAUCCCUAAGACAAAGGGGUUCAACAACACCCUAAACCACGGCUUGUGCAGAGCUUUUGAGAAAGAUUACGCUACUCGCGCCAAGGAAGCGCAGUCUUCAUGGCUCUUAAAAUUCACGCAGCCUAUCACAUUAAGGCUAAAUAAAGUACUUCCUGGGGCACAUCUCACAGCUACUGACACUGUUUACUUAAUGCAGCUAUGCCCAAUGAACACGGUGGUUAACGGUAUAAAGUCAGAAUUUUGUAACCUCUUUACAGCAGAGGAGUGGAUGAACUACGAAUACUACGAGACACUCGGCAAAUACUAUGGCUGGAGUUACGGUAACCCGCUAGGGCCAACGCAAGGAGUGGGCUUCACUAAUGAACUCAUUGCGCGGUUAACGCAGCAGCCAGUAGUCGACCAUACAUCAACCAAUUCAACGCUCACUAGAGAUCCAGCAACAUUUCCACUUAAUAAGAAGAUAUACGCCGACUUUACUAGGGGUAACACUAUGGUGGCUAUCUAUAGCGCGAUGGGACUAUAUAAAGAUAUCCAACCGCUAAGUAAGACAAGAAGAACAUCAGCAGUAGAAGCCGGGGGGUUCCAAACUAGCUGGUUAAUUCCAUUUGCAUCGCGUAUGUAUGUGGAGAAGAUGAAGUGCGACAAGACAGACGAGGAGAUGGUUCGGGUGCUGGUCAAUGAUCGAGUAAUGCCACUAUCUGGAUGCGGCGCUGACAAGCUAGGCCGGUGUACGUUAGGGCGGUUUGUAGAGAGUAUGAAGUUUGCAAGGCGUGGAGGGCACUGGAACAAAUGUUUUGACUAA